GAUACGGCAACGGAUUGAAAGAGGAACAUAGACGAAAGCGCGCUGAGAGAAAAAAAAAAGGGGAUCCGAGACGGAGAGGCGUCAGGAGAAACAAACAUCUCGUUUUCGCCAUUAAAUCCAUUAAAAGGACAUAACAGAACAGAAAAAAAAAGAUAUGAAUGUAUAAACAGCAGAGGACGAGAAAAAAAAUAAAAUGAAAAAGGAGACAAUGGCAACAUCGGUGACAAAUACAAAAACAGAACCAACAGCGACGUUACGAAGCAGCUUCUUAAUAUCGAAAUGAAAAUCCAAAACCCCUAACAUUUUUCUUUGAAUUUUUUUUUGCGAUCUUUUCAGUGACGAAAUCCGAUCGGAUUGUAAUUCAGAAUUUUGGUGAUCGCAAAUGGAGUCAAUGAUCGAACUCUGCGACAUUAUAGCGAAAAACCCGCAGCAAUUUAGCGAGAAAGUCGUCUGGAUUUGCGACAGAUGCCCGCAGCCGGAGUCGCUACUGGGCGGAUCGCCUAGGGUUUCACGGUCGCAACUCAAUGCGGUGCUCGCCGUCGCGCGAUUUCUCUCUAAAUGCUCCCAUUGCACGGAUAACCGCCCCAAAUCGGCGAUGCUAGAGUUUAUUCGGGCCAUUCCGGCGUCAUUUCGUCGUUCCUUUUGGCCGCAAUCAUACAACUCCGAUUCAAUUGGUUCAUUCUUCGUCGAUUUCUUGAAAUAUGUGUCUGAAUCCGCUGAUUCGUCCCCUGAUUUCGCUUCCGAGAUUGCCGGGUUGGUCGGGGAGGUAGUUACAACCGCGGUAAAUAACAACGAUACAAACAGCAACGAUUCGGCAAUAUCUAGGGCUUUCUUGUUGGCUUUAUCACAGAAUUUUCCGCCUGUUUUACCACCCGAUGCAGAUAAGUUGAUAAAUUACCUUUUUGAUCAGUUGGCCAUGUCAGUUCCCGCAUCACCGAGGGAGCUAAUUCCAGUUAACUCGGAGACAUCGUCUUCUCAAAGUUCACCUUUGAGCGUCAACCAUUUUCAAGGCAAUGAGGUUUUGAGCCCGGCGAAUGAUUCAUCCAGAGGGUCAUUGAUGGCAAACGGAGGCGGCGUUUAUUGGAAGAGUGGCGCUGAUCAGCUAGGGAACGUGCAUUUGAUCAACGAUGGAGGUGGGUCUAUGUUUAGGCAACAAGUUGCUUUGUUUGAGGAAGAGUCUGUGGAGUGCUUGGAGAAGCAAGAAGUUGCUUUCAAAUUGAUUGCUCAUAUUUUGGACAAAGUAAGCAUUGAUCAAAAGCUUUUGGAGCAAGUGAGGUUUAUUGCGAAGAAGCAGCUUCAGUCUAUGUCUGCAUUUCUAAAGAUAAGGAAGCGUGAUUGGACUGAACAAGGACCGCAUUUAAAAUCCAGAAUUAAUGCAAAACUAUCAGUUUAUCAAGCUGCUGCUAGGAUGCAAAUUAAAAGUCUUGUAUCUCUUGAUGUGGAUACUAAGACCUCAAAGAAAUUGGUGCUUGAGACUCUUGCACUGUUGAUAGAUGCUGCUGAAGCAUGUCUGCUCUGUGUAUGGCGAAAGUUGAGAGUCUGCGAGGAGCUAUUUAGUUCCUUGCUUUCUGGGAUUGCACAAGUUGCUGCCUCUUGGGGAGGGCAGCCAUUGCGUGUUUUGCUCAUUCGUCUUAAACCCCUUGUUCUGGCUGCAUGUAUGCAGGCUGAUACUUGGGGCAGCAGCCAGGGAGCCAUGUUUGAGAGUGUUCUUAAGACAUGUUGUGAGAUUAUUGAAUCUGGUUGGACCAAAGACCGGGCUCCAAUAGAUACAUUUAUCAUGGGAUUAGCUACAAGUAUUCGUGAGAGAAAUGAUUAUGAGGAGCAGGAUGAUAAAGAGAAGCAGGCAGUUCCACCUGUGCAGCUUAAUGUAAUACGUUUGCUGGCUGAUUUAAAUGUUGCUAUCAGCAAGCCUGAAGUGGUGGACAUGAUACUGCCACUUUUUAUUGAAAGCUUGGAAGAGGGUGAUGCUAUAACUCCUAGUUUACUACGACUUCGACUUCUUGAUGCUGUAUCUCGCAUGGCAAGUUUAGGUUUUGAGAAGUCAUAUCGGGAGACGGUUGUUCUGAUGACGAGAAGUUACUUGAGUAAACUAUCAAGUGUAGGGUCUGCUGAAAGCAAAACUUUGGCGCCAGAGGCCACUACAGAACGUGUUGAGACUCUUCCUGCAGGAUUUCUUUUGAUUGCUACUGGUCUUAAGAGUGCUAAACUGCGUUCAGACUAUCGUCAUCGCCUGUUAUCUUUGUGCUCUGAUGUAGGCUUGGCUGCUGAGUCAAAAAGUGGAAGGAGUGGAGCUGAUUUUCUGGGGCCCUUACUUCCUGCUGUUGCUGAGAUAUGUUCUGAUUUUGAUCCUACAGUAGAUGUGGAACCUUCACUACUGAAGUUAUUCCGCAACUUGUGGUUCUAUGUUGCUCUUUUUGGAUUGGCACCUCCCAUACAGAAGACUCAAAUGCCUACAAAAUCAGUUUCCACUACAUUGAACAGUGUGGGAAGCAUGGGUACCAUUGCCCUUCAAGCAGUGGCUGGACCAUAUAUGUGGAAUGCACUUUGGUCUUCUGCUGUUCAACGUAUUGCUCAAGGGACCCCUCCCCUUGUGGUCAGCUCUGUGAAAUGGCUUGAAGAUGAGUUGGAACUGAAUGCCCUUCACAACCCUGGCAGUCGUCGAGGGAGUGGCAAUGAGAAAGCUGCUUUAAGCCAAAGAACAGCUCUUUCUGCUGCUUUAGGUGGGCGAGUUGAUGUUGGAGCAAUGAGCACAAUUUCAGGUGUUAAGGCAACCUAUCUUCUUGCUGUGGCUUUCCUGGAGAUAAUAAGGUUCAGCAGUAAUGGUGGCAUCCUUAAUGGUGGCACUAGUUUGACUGCAUCUAGAAGUGCCUUCAGUUGUGUCUUUGAAUACUUGAAAACUCCAAAUCUUAUGCCAGCUGUCUUCCAAUGUUUGACAGCAAUUGUGCACAGGGCAUUUGAAACAGCAGUGUUGUGGCUGGAAGACCGAAUAACUGAAACAGGCAAUGAAGCUGUGAUUAGAGAAUCAACCCUUUUUGCACAUGCUUGUUUUCUGAUAAAUAGUAUGUCACAGAGGGAUGAGCACAUUCGGGAUAUUGCUGUGAAUUUAUUGGUUCAGCUUAGAGAUAGAUUUCCUCAGGUUUUGUGGAAUUCAUCCUGUCUUGACUCCUUGCUUUUUUCGGUUCAAAAUGACACACCUUCUACUGUUGUCAAUGAUCCUGCUUGGGAAGCUGCUGUUCGCUCUUUAUACCAAAAAAUUGUUCGGGAAUGGAUUGUCAUAUCACUUUCAUAUGCUCCGUGUACCACCCAGGGUCUGCUCCAGGAAAAGCUCUGCAAAGCAAACACAUGGCAGAAGGCACAUCAUACAACUGAUGUGGUGUCUCUAUUAUCUGAGAUAAGGAUUGGUACAGGGAAGAGUGAUUGUUGGGCUGGAAUAAGAACGGCAAAUAUUCCUGCGGUCAUGGCCGCAGCAGCUGCAGCUUCAGGAGCAAAUUUAAAAUUGUCAGAAGCCUUCAUCUUAGAGGUCCUUAGUACUGGUAUAGUCAGUGCAACAGUUAAAUGCAAUCAUGCUGGAGAAAUUGCUGGCAUGAGAAGGCUGUAUAAUAGCUUUGGUGGAUUGGAAUCUGGUUCUCCACAAACAGGUUUAAGUAUUGGCCUCCAAAGGUUGAUCUCUGGAGCAUUAUCUCAACCACCACAAACUAAGGAUGAUUCAUUUAAUGAGAUUUUACUGGAAAAGUUUGUUAGUCUCCUUCGACAAUUUGUUACUAGUGCAGAGAAAGGUGGAGAAGUGGAUAAGUCACAGUUCCAUGAAACUUGUUCUCAGGCAACUGCAUUGCUUUUGUCAAAUCUGGGUUCUGAUAGAAAAGCAAAUUUGGAGGGCUUCUCACAACUUCUGCGUCUUCUCUGCUGGUGUCCAGCUUUUAUUUCUACCCCUGAUGCUAUGGAGACUGGUGUUUUCAUCUGGACUUGGCUGGUUUCUGCUGCUCCACAACUGGGGUCUCUUGUCCUUGCUGAACUUGUUGAUGCAUGGUUAUGGACCAUUGAUACAAAACGAGGUCUCUUUGCAUCUGACAUGAAAUACUCAGGGCCUGCUGCAAAAUUAAGGCCCCACUUGGCCCCUGGAGAACCAGAGGCACUGCCUGAUAUCAAUCCUGUUGACCAAAUAAUUGCUCAUAGAUUAUGGCUGGGAUUUUUCAUUGAUCGCUUUGAGGUAGUUCGUCACAAUAGUGUUGAGCAACUUUUGCUCCUUGGCCGGAUGUUGCAAGGAACAACCCAACUUCCCUGGAAGUUUUCUCAUCAUCCGGCAGCCACUGGCACCUUCUUCACCUUCAUGCUUCUUGGUCUUAAGUUCUGCUCAUGCCAAUCCCAAGGGAAUUUGCAGAAUUUUAGAACUGGGCUUCAUCUGUUGGAAGAUAGAAUAUACCGGGCCUCUUUGGGCUGGUUUGCUUAUGAGCCUGAGUGGUAUGACACAAACAAUAUGAAUUUUGCUCAGAGUGAGGCUCAAUCUGUAUCUGUUUUUGUUCACUAUCUUUCAAAUGAGAAGGUAGAUUUUCUGCAAUCUGAUUCCAAGGGCCGUGCACGUGAGAAUGGGAACUCUUUGGUUGAUGUGAGUGAUCAAUAUCACCCGGUCUGGGGCCAGAUGGGCAACUAUGCAGUGGGACGAGAAAAAAGAAAGCAUUUACUUCUAAUGCUUUGCCAGCAUGAAGCUGAUAGGCUUGAAGUUUGGGCACAACCUCUUUUGAAGGAAGGCAUAUCUUCUCGGUCUAAAAUCAGCGCAGACAAAUGGGUCGAAUAUGUUAGGACUGCCUUCUCAGUGGAUCCUCGAAUUGCUUUUUCCUUGGCCUCAAGGUUCCCGACAAACACUUAUCUGAAGGCUGAAAUAACUCAGCUAGUACAGUCAAAUAUAUUGGACAUUCGUUAUAUACCUGAGGCAUUGCCAUAUUUUGUCACCCCAAAGGCAGUCGAUGAUAAUUCAGCACUUUUGCAACAACUGCCUCACUGGGCUGCUUGUUCAAUUACACAAGCUCUCGAAUUUCUUUCUCCUGUAUAUAAGGGUCAUCCACGUGUCAUGGCUUAUGUUCUAAGGGUUUUGGAGUCAUAUCCUCCUGAACGUGUAACCUUCUUCAUGCCACAACUCGUGCAAGCUCUGCGAUAUGAUGAAGGGAGGUUAGUAGAAGGGUAUUUGCUUAGAGCUGCUCAUAGAAGUGACAUAUUUGCGCAUAUUCUAAUAUGGCAUCUGCAGGGUGAGUCAUGUGAACCGGGCAAAGAUGCAAGUGGAAAGGUUUGUCCAUGGCACUGUUCUGUGUCUUGAAAAGCUUGUUAGAACUUGCCUAAAUGAUUGGUAGUCAAGGGUUUACAUGGACCUGUAAAAGUGACUGGACUGUGGGGUAGAGGACUGACUGUGGUGUAUUGGGGUUAAAUGGCAAUGCAAUCUGAUGUCAUAAGCAUUCUGUUUGAUAUAAUCUAAGAAGAAUAUAAGAAUGAAAACUUAGAGAAAAGAAUGAUGAGGGAGUAUUUAAAACACUUCUUUUUAUACAUACUGGUUAUUGACUAUACAAAACGGCUUUGUUGCAUUGAGGAAAAAAAAGAGAAGUUUGCUUAUUUGUAGGUGGACAUGUAUAUAGAGAAAGGUUGCAAUUGCAAUCUAGCUUAGACCUAAAAGAAAAAAUUGUAAGCCUUCAAACAAAUAUAAUGUCAGUGGCUCUCAUUGUCAAGCAUCCUUUGCUUGCUGUUGGUGAGAGGUUAAUUGAUUAACUCAAAUUAGCAUCAGUUCCCUACAAUUUCCAAUUAAUUAAGGCUUUGUUUGACUGUUGCUUUUACUUUUGGCAUUUUGCUUCAUCAGAAGUCUUUUUCGAAGCAAAAGCAGAUGGGAGAAACUAAAACCAUAACUGAUUAACAGAUAACAAAUGAAUCAAUUGAGACAUAAAUUCUACAGAACUCUUGCUUACAAAAGGUAAAAUCAUGCAUUUUGUUCUUAGAAAUAGUUCCAUUUUUUAUUUUUAAUUCUUUUAUAUUGUUUGCUUUUGUAUCCAUACAUGUUUUUUACUUUUAAGCUUCCAGAAGCAAAAAGUAAUUAGUAAAAGCAACAACCAAAUGAUACCUGAGUGAAGAACUGUUUGCUUUAUGGGAAUCAUUGUCAGAGUUAGUCGCAUGCUUUGACUGGUCAUCGGUGAGAAGCCUAUAAUUGGGUUAGAUUGGAAGUUGAUUAAUGGUUCAAUAAGAUUUAAUAGAGCCACAU